GGACUCUGAGCGCUGCGCCGACCUUUGUCCAGACUUCCCCCGUCCCGCUAAGCAUCCCAAGGCAUUCGUGUAAAAGCUGUGCGGCUGGCCUUCACAUGCCCAAAUCCGCCGUCUUAGCAGCGUGGGAGCCAAUCUCGCGGCGUUGAAAAAUCGUCAGACUCUUAUUCGGCUGUCAGCUGCGCCAGUACCAGGACAACGUCGUGCUGCGCUUUGACCUGAAUCGUCUCUCCUCCGCAAGCAGCCUCGGCUUAACGCUAGUUCGUCACUCGACCCCGAGGAACAACACCACACUACCUUCUUAAUUACUACUCCACUGCGGGCUGUCCCAAGGCCUUCUCUCUGGACCAUCAAUCCUUCAGCCUUUCCUUCUCUCCAUCGUCUUCUGCCAUUCAUCUCCUUGUUGCCAUGGCCACUGAGAAGAUUAUCGUUGUCGGUGCUGGCUUGUCCGGCUUGAGCGCUGCUCACACCAUCUACCUCUCUGGUGGCAAUGUCUUGCUGCUUGACAAGAACAACUUCAUGGGAGGCAACUCCACCAAGGCUACGUCCGGCAUCAACGGUGCCUACACCAGGUCGCAGCAGGCCCUGGGCAUCAAAGACAGCGUGAAGGAGUUCUACGACGACACAAUGAAGUCCGCUCGUGAGCUUGCUCGCCCAGACCUCAUCAAGGUUCUUACCUACCGAUCCGCCGACGCCGUGCACUGGCUGCAGGAUAUGUUCAACCUCGAUUUGACACUUGUCUCCCGUCUGGGUGGUCAUUCUAACCAGCGAACCCACCGUGGCCACGAUGCCAAAUUCCCUGGCAUGGCCAUCACGUACGCGCUCAUGCAGCGAUGGGAAGAGCUGUGCGAAUCUGAGCCGGAGCGUGCGUCGCUGAUAAAGAAGGCAAGAGUCACAAAGGUCAAUAUGGAUGGCAAUCGGGCAACUGGUGUCACUUAUGAACACGAUGGCAAGACCAUCAGCGUUGAUGGCACCGUCGUCCUCGCCACUGGCGGCUAUGCAGCCGACUUCACAGAGACAUCAUUGCUGAAGAAGCACCGACCUGACGUCUACGACUUCGCCAGCACCAACGGUGUACACGCCACGGGUGACGGUCAGAAGAUGCUCAUGGCUAUUGGCGCUAAUGCCAUCGACAUGGACAAGGUUCAGGUACAUCCCACUGGCCUUGUUGACCCGAAGGAUCCUGGCUCCAAAUGGAAGUUCCUCGCUGCAGAGGCUCUCCGUGGCGAGGGCGGUAUCCUCCUCAAUAACAAGGGCAAGCGAUUCUGCGAUGACCUUGGCCACCGUGACUAUGUCUCGAACAUGAUGCUUGAGGAGAAGAAGAAGGGCAACUGGCCUAUCCGCCUCAUCCUCAACUCCAAGGCCUCAAAUCACAUGGACUUCCAUACUCGGCAUUACUCUGGUCGCGGCUUGAUGAAGAAGAUGACCGGGAAGGAGCUUGCCGAUGAGAUUGGCUGCGGUGCAAAGGCUCUCCAGGAAGAAUUCGAGAGCUACAACGCCAUUGCCGAGGGAAAGAAGAAGGACGUCUGGAACAAGAAGUUCUUCCACAACAUGCCGUUCGACAUCAACGACACCUUCUACGUCGCUCUUAUGGAGCCGGUUCUUCACUUCACCAUGGGUGGUAUUGAGAUUGAUGACCAGGCCCGAGUUCUGAACAAGGAGAAGAAACCUUUUGACGGCCUUUUCGUCUGUGGUGAAUUGGCUGGAGGUGUUCACGGUGCUAACCGUCUUGGUGGCUCAUCACUCCUCGGCUGCGUUGUCUACGGUCGCGUUGCCGGUGAAUCCGCGUCGAGAUACACCUUCCAGAAGGUUUUGAAACAAGGUGGUUCGGCCGCCGCCGCUCGUCUUGGCCAAAUCUCACUACACAUUGACCCUGCUCAGCCAGGCAAGAUCUCUGUUGAGUGGGGUAGCGGUGCCAUUGGCGCAUCCAGCGUUGUCGCUCAACCAAGUCAGUCCUCUGCAACCCCUGCGUCAUCCGCGAGCGAUGCUAAGGAUUCCGAAAAGCCAAAUGACGUUAAGAAGUUCGAGAUUCCAGAGAAAGAGUACACUCUCGAGGAAGUCAAGAAGCAUAACAAGAAGGAUGACCUGUGGAUUGCUGUCAAGGGUGUUGUUCUGGAUCUCACCAACUGGGUUGAUGAGCACCCCGGAGGACCAACCGCUCUUUACAGCCAUAUGGGCCGCGAUGCGACGGAAGAGUUUGAGAUGUUACAUGAUGAUGAAGUUAUUCCCAAGUACGCACCACAAGUUGUCAUUGGCCGGGUAAAGGGUCAGAAAAUUACUCUUCAAUAUUAGGGAUCUUUAGAUGGGUCUUCUAGGGGUGUGUGUGAUCAUGUACGAAUGUAUAUAGGCGUUCGAUGCAGCUCCCAACAUCAUGUUAAAAUAUAGUCGGUUUGAAGAGGAACUUCUCCACCUCCAGGUGUAGUGUUUCAUUUUCCGUUAGUUUGUAUCAUUUUUAUCGCUGCACUCUUGAAACUUC